UGAACAGUGUUUAAGAGCUGCGGUGCUUUGUUUUCAGUUUUCGCGCGAGAUGAAUUGAUGCUUUUCAAUUAAAGCGACGGCGUGGUCUGUGCUGGUAAUAAUAAUAAUGAUGUGUCGGGGUGAAUUGAAGAAUUAGUUUGUUGUUGAAAUAUAGAGUCAUGGAAAAAUGUAAAGGCUAACAUUAGUGAACUGAAUACGUUUAGUUUACACACCGUCGGAUACUGCAAUAAGGAAUCUGAUAAUCAAGAUUGACCGGGUUUUAUUAUCAAUUGAGUGAAUGAUGACUCCAGAGUGGGACAUAAACGAUGCACACAUUCCCUUUGUGCAGGACGUUUCAUACGAUAACUUCAACGAUUGGGCAGAUGGGCACUGUCGAUAUGUCUACCUUCCAACAGACGACCAAGCUCGAAAGCACAUUUCAGGCUGGGCAAUGCGAAAUACCAAUAAUCAUAAUGUAAGCAUUCUGAAGAAAAGCUGCUUGGGGGUGCUUAUAUGCUCGGCCCGUUGCCGCCUUCCGAACGGAAGCCAAAUACAUCUUCGACCGGCGAUAUGUGAUAAAGCCCGCAGAAAACAGCAGGGCCGAGCGUGCCCCAAUCGCAACUGUAAAAAUGGCCGCCUAGAGGUGCUGCCCUGCCGGGGUCACUGCGGAUACCCUGUCACACACUAUUGGCGACACACAGAUAAAGCCAUUUUCUUCCAAGCCAAAGGCAGUCAUGAUCAUCCAAAACCAGAAUCGAAGACUUCGGGAGAAACAAGAAAGCUAGUUGGGGUUUCAUCAAAGACCAAGGCCAAGAAGCUAUCCGUGCUUUUACUGAGGGAUGCUGCACUUGAGAAUAAGCUUAUGUCGCUUAAAAACCAACCGACCAAACCGACCAAUAACGUUUCUGGGGAAAUUCUUCAACCACCUCCGUUGAUACCGGACUCCGAUAUAGACAAACCAAAAUGCCAAACUUGCUACAAACUUCAGUGUACAUGCAGAGCCGCUAAUGUUGGUUGUACUUUAUCCUCCAAAACCAACGAUACGCUCAACUCUAGCAAUGCGUUCCACGAUAAUGCCUAUGGAUGUUCGCAGCAGACCACGUGGUCUUGCUACCCAAACGCGCCCGAGAAUCAAAUCUACGAUACCUCUGGUUGUGUAGAUGGGCAAAACAUACCGGGAUAUUCAACAAACGGUAUUGAAAGCUUUCAACCGGACGAAAUUUUCCAACUGGAUCAGCCUCUAAGAACGACCAUUCAGCAACCAUCCAGCAUCAACCCUCCACCAACCACGCUCCUAGACCUUGGUAGCGGUGCAAUUUAUAAAAAGUGCAACCAAAUAACUCCAGAUUACUUUAUCGGAGGGAAUGGAAACUAUUUCGGUGACAAUUAUCUAGGCCAUGUGGGAGCUUGCGGUCCAGCGUUUGACAGCAAAAUGUCAACCCAGGGUAAUAUGUAUGCGAACAAACCAACAGGGUCUUCAAUCAGCCAUGCACCGACUCGCUCUACGUAUUCCUUAGACGUGGCAAAGAAUAUAAAAAAAGAAGUUGGAUCAAAACCUUACGAAUGUAACUUUGCUCAAAGGACACGAUACGACUGUGAUAAUCAAUUGGCUUGUAAGAAGGCUAGUAAGGUAAUCGGGUCUACGCAUGGCAACAAUAAUAAUAAUAGUUCCGGUGGCCAGUACGAAAGGACUCAAACUGCUUAUGGCCCAACAUGUGACGAAGUCAAUUACUGCUUCCAAAAUGAAACAGGUACUUAUCAGCAUAGCUACAACGUUAACUACGUAUCAACCAGUACUCUCCAACCGGAUAUGGCCAGCGGUAACUUAACGAACACCUAUUCUGAAGAUUGUUACCGUUAUCCUGGAAAUGGUUAUGCAAGAUCCGGACCCCAUGGCACCGGAAGUGGUUCCAACCUUCAACCAACGAGUUCUGAAGUUCCCAUUGCCCCGUAUGAGUUUUACUAA